AUGCCUGAAGAUGUUUACAUCAGAUCAUUGGUGCUUGCAGGUGGUAUGUCUUCACGUAUGGGCUCGCCCAAGUAUCGCCUCCAGACUGCAAUCCCGCCGCAAGCUUCUGUUCCCAUGAUCGCGAAGAUAAUCAAGGUGCAUCAGAUUUGCCAAGAUUACCGCAAAGACAUCCUGAGGUUUGAUACCAUGAUAUCAACUCGCGAUGCAUGCCAGGAUGAAGAAAUUGAAACAUUACUCUCAAACUCCAUCAUUGAACAGACGCGAGUUCAUUACACAUAUGAUCGGAUUCCUGACCAUGGACCUGCCUCCGGAUUGAUACGCGCACAUGAACUUGACCCUAAAGCGCAUUGGCUAGUCACUGGUUGCGAUUAUCCCCUCCUAGAGGUUGAAACCCUUUUGGCGUUGAUCAGUGAGCAUCUAGAUGUUGAAAAAGCUAUUACUUGUUUCUCCAAUUUUGAGGGCUGGAAUGAGCCCCUGCUUGCAAUCUGGUCUCCUACUGCUCUUUCCAGGAUGCAAGACUUGAGCCAGAAAGCCUCUGCAAUAGGCCCGAACCGUGUGAUCCGAGAAUAUGCAACAACUGAAGCUCACGUGGUGAGCAAAGAUGCAUUUUGUUAUGGGGUGCAUAUUAUUAAGCCUGCUAAAGAAUCAUGGCUUCGGAGUACCGACACUAAAGCUGAUUGGGAAGCAGUGCAAUCAGAGUUACUCUCCAAUCGAACUUGGAAAUGCACAACACGAGCACAGACCUGA